AAUGAGGAAGAAGAUAGUGAUGAAGAAAAAAACAAUAAUUACUACAACGAUACUCUCAGUGGUAUCAAUAGACCAUUUGUUACUUUAACUUAUGCACAGAGCCUUGAUGGCAAAAUUUCAGGAAUUAAUGGUAAACAAUUACAAUUAAGUGGUGAAGAAUCGAUGAUAAUGACACAUAGGAUGAGAACACUGCAUGAUGGAAUAUUGGUUGGAAUUGGAACUGUAUUAAAUGAUGAUCCAAAACUAACAGCAAGAUUAUUGGAGCCUGAUAUGGAGACCACAAUUCAACAACCCCAACCAAUAAUUCUCGACUCAAGUUUAAGAUUUCCUUUAACAUCAAAGCUACUACAACAAUCUCAUUAUCAAGGAUAUAAAAAACCAUGGAUUUUUACUAAAACUUUACAUGAUUCAAAUAAAAAAAAGAUUUUAGAACAAGAAGGUGCAAAAGUUAUAACAAUUAAUACAGACGAAAGUGAAGAAUUAAAUAAAUUAUCAAUUAAAAGAUUAAUGGUUGAAGGCGGAGCAAAAAUAAUUCAAUCAUUUCUAAAAAUAAACCUUUUAGAUUUAUUAAUUGUUACUAUUGCACCAAUCUAUAUUGGGUUUAAUAGUGUCUCGGUUACAGGAAGUAGUGAAGGUCAAGAUGAAGAAGAUUUAAAAAAUAAAAAAAUAGUUGAAGAAAAUUUUCCUAAAUUAAUUAAUGUAAAAUAUGAAAUACUUGGUAAAGAUAUUAUAAUGACAGCAAAUACGGAAAAAUAA